AAUGGGAGUAGUACUGCGGAAUCUCCAAAAGGUGGUGCCUCUUCGCCGCGCCAGACUGCGCAAGGACGUUGACACACUGAGGCACAUACUGGGCGUCCAGAAAUUUGACCUGGGCAUCAUUUGCGUGGAUAACCACAGGAUUCAGCAAAUUAAUAACAUAUAUAGAAAGAAAAAUGUGCCUACGGAUGUCCUCUCAUUUCCAUUCUAUGAGGACCUGAGACCUGGAAAGCUGCCCUGCCCCCUUCAUAGGGAUGAGCUGAACCUUGGGGACAUUUUCUUGGGGGUCGAGUUUCUGAUGCAGCAGUGUCAGGAGGAAUCCCUCGAUCUGCACGGAGCCCUCACUGUUGUCACUGCACAUGGUAUCUGCCACCUGUUGGGCUACAGACACGAGACAGAGGAAGAAUGGGCUGAGAUGCUGCAGAGGGAAAGCUACAUUCUGAGUGAGUACAACAGACUCACAGGGAGACAUCUAGAGCCACUGACAAAGAGAUGCAGUCACGACAGGUGACAGUGACUGUCACCUGCUAACCUAACAGUUGCACUAUGGCGCUUGAUCUUGUUCACUAUCCUGUAACCAGGUGGACUACUGUUUUAUUCACUGUCACGCCCUCGUUCCUAAACAAAGGACACCGGAUGCAGUCUUCUCCACACUCACAAUUUGCAGCGAUUGUUUUUAAAAGGACUUUAAUCAGCUGGCAGUAGACAUACAGCCAUUUGAUUGUGGAUACCCUUUUCAAACAUCAAAUUAAAAAGUCUGUGCACUUUCA